AAAAUAAAAGACAAAAAAGCAAACUAAUUACAAUAUGAAUAAUAAAAUAAUGAAGAAAACAUUUUGAGGAUACUAAAAUUAACAGCUGGAAUAGACAGCAUUUUAUUGAACCAUAAAAAACUUGGUAAUAAAAUGAUUUUAAUGGUAUUUACUAUUUUUCACUGGAAUCAUAUCAGCCUCAGUACUGGUUGGUUAAGAUAAUUAGCGGUAUCGCCCAGCCCUGCUGUUCAUUACAGCCAUGUGUUUGCUCCCCCUCUCUUGGGGCGUGUCUAUAAAGUCCACUGCAGUGACGACCCGUCCCACACUCAGCAGAGGAGCUGCUGCACCCCGACUCUCUCAGGACGGUGGAGGAGUUGGGCCGGUGCUGUCCGCAGUGGGAUGCAGGCGGAGGCUGGUGGGAGGAUGGUAGAGAACUGGUGGUCUGAACAGCCCCUCUCUGCUCCCUGAAGAAUCACCGUGCGCUCCAGAUGAACCUCAUCGGAACCUUCCAGCACCCCCCGUUCCCCUUCCUGCCCCGCUGCCCUCAGGAUACCCCCUACUUCCCAGGCUGGGGGGUGAGUCCCGGGCCAGCACCCCCCGUCCCGGGACAAGAGGGUUCGGUCUGCACCCCGGGUCGCAGAAAGGAGCGGCGCAGGACAGAGAGCAUGAACUCUGCAUUCGCUCAGCUCCGCGGCUGCAUCCCCAACGUCCCGUCUGACACCAAACUGUCCAAAAUCAAGACCCUGCGUCUCGCCACCAGCUACAUCGCCUACCUCAUGGACGUGCUGGCCAAGGAGUCCGGCGGCACCGAGGCCUUCCGGGCCGAGAUUAAGAAGUACGACAGCAGGGAGCUGAAGAGAAAGCGGGACACGGCUGCAGGUCUGGAUCGGUCAGUGAAGCUGAAGAUCGGGUCCAGGUCCGGUUGGCCUCAGCAGGUCUGGGAGCUCGAGCUCGACCCGUGA